UGUCUGUUGUCAUAGUGUGUGUGUGUGUGUGUGUGACAACCUCAGGUGGUCCAUAGUGUAAAGUGUCUGUUGUCAGCGGUGUCUGUUGUGGCCAUAAUAAGAAUAAUAAGAGGUGACGUCAUCCCUGCCUCCAUGUCAACUACUGUAACACCUUUCGUCUUCCACUGUGGCCUCAUCUUAUCAGGUUAAAGUCAGAGUGAGGUUCAAAGGUGGAUCACGGUCCAUGGUCGGACUGAUCAAUGAAAGAAAACUUGGCGCCAUCUAACGUAAAUAAUGCUAACUGCAUAUAGAAAACCUGGCGCCAUCUAACGUAAAUAAUGCUAACUGCAUAUAGAACAGUCAUUUUUCUGAGUCAACAGCCAAGCAUCACAAAGACCAUCCAGACUGUUGUCAUGGAAACGAGCAGGGACAGAGUCUGUGAUGUGAUGGCACCGUGGUGGACCAGUGGAUCAGCUGACAGGACCAACUGAACUGAACUGAGUCGGAGAAUACUACAGUCUAGUAUAAUGUACUGCAUAUACAGGUUAUAUUAUUGUUUGCACCUUUGAUGCCUUUGAUCAGGAAAAAGUUCAACUUCAAAUAUCUAAGGUCACAUGAUCAGGCUGUUUGUCUGAGUAUUGGUUUGAAGAGAACCAGGUGUGGUGACCGCCAUCAGUGAUGAUGUCAUCAUUUAACGUCACAGCAAACUGUUCAUCCAAUCAGUGUAGACCAUCAGAGAAGGAGCGUCUGCUUUCCUCCAGGGCCAACUACGGCUCCCAGGAUCUUCUGGGCAGUGGAAGUUCUCGUCCCAGCUCCCUGGUGGGCGCCCGGGUGCAGCAGGAGGAGAAGGAGGAGGAGCAGGAGGAGGAGGCUCUGAGGAGGAAACUGAAGUACUUCUUCAUGAGUCCCUGUGAUAAGUAUCACGCCAAGGGACGGAAGCCGUUCAAACUGGGCCUUCAGCUGCUGAAGAUCGUCAUCGUGACGGUGCAGUUGGUCCUGUUUGGACUCAGUAACCAGAUGGUGGUGACGUUCAAGGAGGAGAACACGGAGGUCUUCAAACACCUGUUCCUGAAGGGUUACCACGACAGAGCUGCUCAGGCCGUCCACACGCAGGCGCAGCUCAGAGACCACAUCGCCUUCGCCAUCCAUCAGUACCUGGUUCUGCCUCAGAUCUCUCUGGGACGCUACGCCUACGUCCCCGGUGUCGGCUACAACGGAAGUUCACUGUCGCUCUGCCAGAGGUUCUUCAGGAAGGGAACCAUCGACCCCGUCAAUGACACCUUUGACAUCGACCCUCGCGUUGUCACUGACUGUGUUGGAGUCGAUCCAACUGGUUUGGGAACCAGUGACUACAGGAACUUCAGUCUGAAGAUCGACAAAAUGAUCAACGUGACCAUCGACUUCCAGCUAAAGGCCAUCAACAUACAGACCAUCAUAAACAACGAAAUCCCUGACUGCUACACCUUCAGCAUCACGAUCCUCAUGGACAACAGAGCUCACAGCGGCAAAGUUAAGAUCACGCUGCAAAACCAGGCCUCCAUCACCGAGUGUAAAGACCCCAACGUGUCAGGACACGCUGAGAGCUACGCCCUGCAGUUCUUUGACGUGCUGGUGUCAGUGGUGUGUCUGUUGUCUCUGCUCCUCUGCGGCCGCUCCAUCCUCAGAGGCGUCAUCCUCCAGUUUGAGUACGUGAAGUUCUUCAACCAGAGGCUGGGCCGCGGCGUGACCUGGGGAGACAGGAUGGAGUUUGUCAACGGCUGGUACCUCCUGCUCAUCAUCAGCGACGUCUUCACCAUCGUCGGGAGUUUCAUCAAGAUUGGCAUCGAAUCCAAGAACUUGUCGUCGUACGACGUGUGCAGCAUCCUGCUGGGCACCUCCACCCUGCUGGUGUGGGUGGGGGUCAUCCGCUACCUCAGCUUCUUCCAGAAAUACAAUAUCCUGAUUGUGACUCUCAGAGCCGCCUUCCCAAACGUCAUCCGUUUCUGCUGCUGCGCCGCUGCCAUCUACAUGGGCUACUGCUUCUGUGGGUGGAUCGUCCUGGGACCGUACCACACCAAGUUCCGAUCCCUGUCCAUGGUUUCCGAGUGUCUGUUUUCUCUCAUCAACGGCGACGACAUGUUCGUGACGUUUGCUGAGAUGGAGCACAGCAGCACGCUGGUGUGGAUCUUCAGCCAGGUCUACCUCUACACCUUCAUCUCGCUCUUCAUCUACAUGGUGCUGUCCCUCUUCAUCGCCCUCAUCACCGGAGCCUACGACACCAUCAUGGCCCAGACUCAGGAACAGGUCCGCGUCACUGAUCUGCACGCUUUCAUCGCACAGUGCACCGACACGCCCUGCUCCGGCAAGUUCCGUGGGCCUGAGGGGUCGUCGUGUUCUUUCCUCUGCUGCUGUGAUUGGUGAGCAGCAGGAGGAGGAGGAGGAGGAGGAGGAGGAGGAGGAGGAGGAGGAGGAGGAG